UAUAGUCAGAACGGUCGUUAUAACGGUAAUUCAGUGAACAAAGCGAAAAUUGUUGUUGAAAUCUGUAUAAGAACAUUUCAAUCCAAAAACGUUUGCAAAUUAAAAUAUUUUAGCGGUUUCGUGGUGAAAGUAACGUGAUAGAUAAUACUUCAGAACUUUAAGGACAAUUUAUAAAACAAUCACAAUGUCUUGUGCGGUGAACAACGACUCUAAUAAUGCCGUCACAAAGAGUCGGUCGAAAAUUUUUCCUGACAAGAAAUACAAACAGGUUCAACCAACGGGCAAAGAAGUGUCGGGGCUAACACAUGAGUGUGGUGUGUUUGGAGCGAUCGCCUGCGGUGAAUGGCCGACUCAGAUUGAUAUUGCUCAGUGCAUUUUUCUGGGGUUGGUAGCACUACAGCACCGUGGACAGGAGUCGGCCGGCAUCGCCACAAGUUUAGGAAAAACUGCCAAGAAUUUUAAUAUUCACAAAGGAAUGGGAAUGAUAAGUAAUCUCUUCAAUGAUGAUGCGAUUCGAAAAUUAAAAGGCAACCUAGGCAUUGGCCACACCAGAUAUUCGACAGCAGCUGCAUCGGAGAUGGUGAAUUGCCAACCAUUUGUUGUGCACACUGCACAUGGAGCUGUGGCGAUCGCCCAUAAUGGCGAACUGAUCAAUUGCGAAUCUCUGCGUCGUGUGGUCUUGGAGCGCGGUGUUGGCCUAUCCACGCACAGUGAUAGUGAGUUGAUUGCCCAAUCAUUAUGUUGCGCACCUGAAGAUGCCAGCGAACACGAUGGACCCGACUGGCCAGCUCGUAUACGCCAGUUCAUGACACUUGCGCCACUGUCAUACUCGUUAGUCGUCAUGCAUAAGGAUAAGAUCUACGCGGUACGCGAUUCCUAUGGCAAUCGACCGCUCUGCAUUGGCAAGAUAGUCCCAAUCACUCUGGGGCAUGGAAAGCCAGAAGAUGCACCCGCCGAGGGUUGGGUAGUAUCAAGUGAAAGUUGCGGCUUUCUUUCCAUAGGUGCUCGUUACGUACGCGAAGUAGAACCCGGUGAGAUUGUAGAGUUGACAAAAAACGGCUUCCGUACAGUGGACAUUGUGGAACGUCCGGAUUACAAGAAAAUGGCCUUUUGUAUUUUUGAGUAUGUGUAUUUUGCUCGCAGCGAUUCUACGUUUGAGGGACAAAUGGUAUACUCGGCACGUUUGCAAUGUGGUAGGCAAUUAGCACGAGAAUGGCCUAUCGAAGCAGAUAUUGUCAGCUCAGUGCCUGAAUCGGGUACAGCGGCAGCACACGGCUAUGCCAAGGAGUCCGGCAUACCAUUUGCCGAGGUGCUUUGCAAGAAUCGUUACGUCGGUCGCACCUUUAUUCAACCUUCACCGCGACUACGGCAGUUAGGUGUUGCAAAGAAAUUUGGCGCGCUCGCAGUUAAUUGUGAAGGGAAGCGUGUUGUUCUUAUUGACGACUCGAUUGUUAGGGGAAACACUAUUGGUCCCAUCAUCAAGCUGCUGCGAGACGCUGGUGCCACGGAGGUGCAUGUCCGUAUUGCUAGUCCACCGCUUAUGUACCCUUGCUAUAUGGGAAUCAAUAUACCAACUAGAGAGGAGCUUAUUGCGAACGAGUUGGAACCCGAUGAACUGGCGGAACAUGUCGGUGCGGAUAGUUUAAAAUACUUGAGUGUGGCUGGACUCAUUACAGCUGUGGAAAUAAACAAGACAAAUACCAAUCCCAUUAAAGCGGGAUACUGCACAGCUUGUCUGACUGGAGAGUAUCCUGGAGGACUACCUGAAGAGCUCAGCUGGUAGCACCGAUUGUUUUUCUUAAAUAAAAAGAAAACAUUCUGCAUUUAAGUAUUCAUAGUUUACUAUAUACAUAUAUAAAAGAAAUCAA